AUGUCCGAGGUUUACUAUGCCGGUGUCGAUGUUGGUACUGGUUCUGCGCGUGCAGUUAUCAUUGACUCAAAGGGAUCUAUCUUGGGAUUAUCGGAGAGGCCAAUUACAAGACACGAACUGAAGGAAAACCAUAUUACGCAGUCAUCAACUGAAAUUUGGGAUGCAAUUUGUUAUUGCGUCAAGUCUGCAAUUUCCCAAUCAGGUGUGGAUCAUUACAAGAUUCUUGGUAUUGGGUUCGACGCAACUUGUUCGUUGGUUGCUAUCAAUGAGAAGACAAAUGAUCCAAUGCCGGUUGGGCCUGACUUCACAAAUCCUCUCGAGAAUAUAAUGCUUUGGAUGGACCACCGGGCUGACUUGGAAACUGAUGAAAUUAAUGCUACUGGUGACGAAUGCUUGAAGUAUGUCGGCGGUAAGAUGUCAAUUGAAAUGGAACUACCUAAAAUGAAAUGGUUGAAAAACAACAUGCCAAAUGGUAUGUUCAAUGACACCAAAUUCUAUGACUUGGCUGAUUUCUUAACUAUGAAGGCUACGGGGAAGGAAACACGAUCAUUUUGUAGUGUUGUCUGUAAGCAAGGAUACAUCCCUCAAGGUAUUACCAACAGAAAUGGCUGGUCCAGGGAAUUUCUAGAGAAUAUUGAUUUGCCUGAGUUAGCAGCUAAUAAUUUUUCCAAACUUGGAGGUAUAGACGGUCUCAAUGGUAAUUACCUUACAGCAGGAGAAACCAUUGGACCAUUAAGUUUGCUUGCGGCGAAAUCCCUCGGCUUGACGACAAACUGCUUUGUGGGUUCUGGCGUCAUUGACGCUUAUUCUGGUUGGAUGGGAACAGUUGCAGCGCCAACUAAUCUACCAAUACCGUCAUUAGUUGAUCAAGAUCACGGCAAGAAUGGGUUGGGUAAAGGUACUGGUAGGUUGGCUGCGGUUGCUGGUACUUCGACGUGCCAUAUCUGUAUAGAAGAAAAGGAGAUAUUGGUUCCUGGCGUCUGGGGGCCUUAUAGAGAUGUUAUCGGUAAGGGGUACUGGGCUGCUGAAGGUGGUCAAUCAAUGACGGGUGCUUUAUUAGCUCACGUUUUAUCAACGCAUCCAGCAUCUGCUGAAUUGGGAGUUUUAGCCGAAAGUUCAAGUCUAUCCAAAUUUGAAUUCUUAAAUUCAAGAUUGGAAAAUUUGAGAGUAUUACGAAAGGAAAGAAGUGUUGUUUCUCUUGCCAAGAAUAUCUUCUUUUAUGGUGAUUUCCAUGGCAAUAGGUCUCCGAUUGCAGAUCCAAACAUGAGAGCAUCGAUUAUUGGACAGUCCAUGGAUGUUUCGCUUGACUCUUUGGCAGUCGAGUAUCUAGCUGCUUGUGAAUUCAUUGGCCAACAAACCAGACAGAUUGUGGAAAGAAUGGAGGAAUCGGGACAUAGCAUUAAGGCUAUCUUUAUGAGUGGCGGACAAUGCCGUAAUGGUUUACUUAUGAGGCUCUUGGCUGAUUGUACGGGAUUGCCUAUUGUAAUCCCCAGAUACAUUGAUGCAUCUGUUGUGUUUGGUACAGCAAUGCUAGGUGCUGUGGCAGCGGAAGAUGCAAUAAAAGAACUCGAAACAAGAAAAAACCAAACCCCCCAAUUUGGUAAUAACAACUUGGGUAUCAAGAAGGGUUCACGUGUAGCCGAUGUCUUCAAGCAGGAUAGUUUGCCACCAUCACCAUAUACUGCACCUACAGCCACUGUUUCGGUUACAUCGAUUAGUAAUCUAAACAGUAGUGCUAGUGGCAGUGGAUUCCCAUUCCCAUUGACCGAAUUAAACGUCAAUACCUCUUCAGGUAGAAGUGGCUCUGCCGAUAAAACUUUCCAAGAUCCAAAAUACCGGGGAUCGGUAAGUGAGGAGAGUGGUGAUGAGUUUAUUACAUUUGACAGCAAGACAAGAGCACAAGAGGUUGUAACCGACCGUCUGAGAACUUCGUCCCCGAUUGGCUACAAUCCAAAGGGUAUUGGCCUACCGCCGGAAGUUGCCAAAGGGGAGACUGCGGCAGAUAAGUUGUGGCGAGUCAUGUGUAAACUUUCCAGCACAGGCAAUGUGAUUUUCCCAUCUGACAGUAGCCAUCCGGAUCGUAAAUUGUUGAAAACUAAGUAUAGUAUCUUUUUGGAUCAAAUUGCCACACAGCAAAAGUACAGAGAAAUGGUGGCCAGUACAGAGAAGGCAAUAGAAAAUUAUCUCAAUUUUUAA